AUGUCAGCUCUGCCUGUGGCCUCAGUGAGUGUCUCUCCUCAGAGUCUCCUCUACCCUGGAGAGACAGUCACUCUGCAGUGUGACAUAUCAGACUACACAGACUGGACGUACCUCUGGUCCAGAAACAACCAACAGCUUUCCAGUCAGACCAGUGAAACUAUCACCAUCUCUCUCCCUGACCAAGCUGAUGUGCUGGAGAGUACUGGUGCAGAGCUAGGAGAGGAGACCCAGUCUACUACACCCUGUACAGUGACCCAGUCCAGAUACAUGUUACUGAAACCUCAACCUGUCCUGAAUCUGCAGCCUUCAGUGUCUCUCAGAAUAAGUCCCAACACAACUCAACACUUUAGAUCAACGUCUCUCUCACUGAGCUGUGAAGAGAAGGGGAACUCUACUGGAUGGAGACUGAUGAGAUACACAGAGAGAGGAGUAGAGUCAGGGUGUGUCUCUAACUGGGGAUCAAUAACAGGGUCCACAUGUACCAUCAGCUACACAUACACAGGGGACAGUGGAGUGUACUGGUGUGAGUCUGGAUCAGGAGAGAACAGUAAUGCUGUCAACAUCACAGUGGCUGCUGGUGAUGUGAUCCUGGAGAGUCCUGUCCAUCCCCUGACUGAAGGAGACUCUGUGACUCUGACCUGCAAAUACUGGACAACCAGCUCAAACAUCAAGGCUGAUUUCUACAAAGAUGGAACAUUCAUCAAGAAUGAGACCUCAGGAGAGAUGACCAUCCCUGCAGUAUCCAAGUCAGUAACCGCCCCGAAGUAA